AUAAGCCCAUUUACAUGUAAAACCUUUUCAAGCCCAAAUAUGUGUGAAAAACAGGCCUUAUUUACGGAUGCAUUGUUAUUGAAUAUUUCAAAAAACUCGCUCUUUACUGCUAUUGGCAGUCAAGCUUUUUUCCUUAGAAAUAGCUCGGUAAUACGCGUAACAAAUGAAAUGAAUUAUAAAAAAAUACAUGGCUCUGUAUGUAACCCAAAAUGUGACCUUACAGGUUUGCUAUUAAUUUACGCCGAGAAUGAGUUUUCUCUUUAUGAAUAUGAUCUAAGUCCUAAAGAAGUCUUCACAUUAAUUUAUCAAGGUGAGACAAAGGACUGGAUCAAUGCAGCUAUUUUUAUAAAGAACGAAGAAGGUUGUCAAUUUGCCUUACACAUGGCUCACAGUGCGCUCCUGCGUUUACAAUACAAUAACACGAGUAAUAUGCAAUUUGGAGAAUGUAGUAUAUUAGAACUAGCGAGGUGUACUGAUUAUUCUAUGUUAUAUAGCACAAGUUUAUAUGGUAACAGUUACACCAAGCUUAUUAUAAUAAGUGGAAAUGGAUUUGGAGAAAUACUCAUUUGGCAGCCACAUUCCCCUGUUAAUUUUAAUAUUAGUACACGUUCUAUCAUAUAUCCACUUCUCAUGCGUCUCAAGGCGCAUAAUGGUGUUGUGUUUUCUAUUGACUUCAAUUUAACAGCUCAGUUGUUAGUAACUACAUCGGAUGACCGUUCUUUAAAGUUUUGGAAAUUAGUAACUAAUUUAGAAAUAAAAUUUGAUGCGCUAUUGUUAAAACCCUUAUUCAGUUGCUUUGGACAUACUGCACGUGUCAUGUGUGCUAUAAUUGCAGAGUACGAAGAUCAAGUUUUUGUUAUAAGCGGUGGUGAGGAUUCUAAUAUAUGUGUUUGGAGUCAAAGAGGUGAAAUGUUAUUUAAACGACGUCAGCAGUUUGGAGCACCGGUAUGGCGGCUUGCUUUUGAUUAUUUUUCUGCAAACCUGUAUAGCACUGGUUCAACUGGAAAUGUUAAUGCAUAUAAUCUAAAAAGCAUAUUAAGUCCAAAUCAAGCCCUUCCAGUGCAGCUAAUGGAUAUGAGCCCAUCUAAUGAAUAUCUGGUAAAAAUUAAAUACCUUACUAUGAGCACCAUUGUUGCCCUGAGCAAUAAAAAUAAUCUUUUCUAUAUGCGACUUAUGAAUUCGCAAAAGAGUCAAAUUUGGGAACCAGUUUCCAUUUUUCCUUCAUAUAAAUGCACAGUUUUAGCAACAUGCAACGGAUUAAUUGCCACUUGUGGCUAUAAACGUAUUACACUUCUAAACUAUAACGUGGAUACAGGGUAUAUCGAACAACUUUAUGAUGGAAUUAAACUUGAAGGUCUUAUUCAAUCAUUUCAUUUUCUUAGCAAAGACCUUUAUUUAACAUCUGAUGAAUAUGGAAAUUGCCUUUUACUGAAAGGAAGUAAAAUGGAAGUUGAUGGUAGUAUUAAUAUCAGCACUUGUCGUAAAUCUUGGAUUACAUCUGCAAUACUUGUUAACUCAAAUUUGUUAGUAAUGAGCUGCCGUAAUGGAAAAGUUAUGAUUGUCUCACGUGAAAGCUCACCACAAUUACAAAUAAAACAUGUGCUUAAGGGCUUGCAUGGUAGCUUGGGCUCAAUGGUUCUUAAACUUUUAAGGAUUGAUGAAAAAUAUGCAUACAUAAUAAGUGCUGCGCGUGAAUCCACUUUCAAAGUUAUGUGUUUAAGCCUAAAUGAAUAUAGAUUAAAAGUUUUACAACGUCAGACGGUACCGUUAACAUGGAUAGAAGCCAUACCAACAUUAGAUAUACUGAUUGGAUUCAAUGAUAACCAUCUUGUGGUAUGGUCCCAUAAAAAUGACGUGAUUUUACAAUUGCAAUGCGGGGGUGGUCAUCGCUGUUGGGAUUAUCAGUUAAACAAUGAUGUACUUGACAUAAUAUAUAUUAAACAAAAACAUGUAUUUCAUCACCGUGAACAGCUUUACAAUAAAUGGUCUGGAGCCAUAUCUCAGACUUUCCGAAAUAAAUGGCAUAUAAAAAAUUGUAAUAUUGUACAAAUACUUGAGCAAAAAAAUUAUUCUCGGACAUAUAUUGUAUCCGCUGGUGAUGAUAAUAUUAUAAAAAUAAGUCGAUUCAUUGGUCAAUCAUUCCACCUGUGUGCUGAAUUGCAUACGCACAUCUCAAGCGUACGACAUUUAGUAUUAUAUCCUGUUAAUUCGGAAAAUUAUGGUAUCUAUUGGCUAAUCUUCUCAGUUGGAGGGCGGGCGCAGCUAUGCGUUAAUAAAAUUGACCCCAAUGGACCAGUCGUAAGUGAACUGUGCUCGCACACUGUCCGAUUAAACAGUGACGGCAAUAACGCCUUACUUGAUGCUCGACUAAUGGCAAUUAACGUUUUACAAAACUCUAAGUGCGGGACAUUUUCUCUUUACGUUGCCAGUGCUGACGGAAAAAUCCGUUUGCUUCAAUGGCAACUAGAAAACCCGUCACAACUCUUAUUGGAUCGCGUUAUUGAUAUCAAACGAUGUCCGAUACAGAUACAGGCUUUAAGUAAUCAUAAUUUAUUUCUUAUCACAACCACUAAUGGAAUGAUCUACGGUUUUGACAAAACACUCCGUUUAAAACGAUUUGAACAACAGUUACAUGCUGCCAGUAUCAAUGCUCUUGAAACUCUUUUUGAUGGUUCAUAUUUACACAUUUUAACUGGAGGAGACGAUGAAGCGAUAAAACACACCAUAAUUGAAACAACUGACUUAAGUAUUUUACAAAGCGCUAAAAUCUCUCUGGUACACAAUGCUCAAAUAACUGCAAUGACCUUACACUCAUUAGAGGACGCUUGUCAAAACGCAGAAUUGUAUGCAUAUACAUGUAGCAUGGAUAAACAAAUAUAUAAGUUAAACCUAAAAACCUUACAGCACACCCGUAUUGGUUUUACAUGCUUAUCCGAUAUAAAAGGAAUUCUUAAAACGAAUCAGUGCUUAUUGGUUUACGGAUGUGGACUAGAAGUAAUCGCUCUCGAAAAUAAUUAAAUCAAUAUAAUUAAACUAACACUAAUAUGCGUGUGCGUUUAUUCGAC